AUGGAAAAUUCCGAAAACAUGCUAGACGUCAAACGAGAUUUGGAAAAUCGGGAAAAAGCUCCGAUAAAAGUGUUUAAAAGAAGAUGGGCCAUUCUUUUGAUCUAUGUGCUCUACUCUGCUGCCAACUCGUUUCAAUGGAUGGAAUACUCCAUUAUAGCCAAUAUAGUAAUGCGAUUUUACAAAGUCAAUUCUACAGCAGUCGACUGGACAUCAAUUAUAUACAUGUUAAUCUAUCCGAUUAUUGUUUUGCCAGUUUCAUAUUUUAUUGAUAAAAAGGGUUUGAGAUUUGCAGCUAUAUGGGGUGGCGUUGGUACAGCUUUAGCUGCUCUGAUAAAAGUAUUUUCUAUAGACGAAAAGUUGUUUUGGGUCGUAAUAUUAGGGCAAAGCAUUGGAUCAACUGCACAAGUGUUUGUUUUAUGUCUGCCAUCGAAAAUUGCUGCUGUAUGGUUCAAACCCACAGAGGUGUCAACUGCAUGUGCUUUAGCAGUAUUUGGUACUCAACUGGGAUUUGCUCUUGGGUUUGUGGUACCUUCAACGCUAGUAAGAAACCAUAAAAAUAUAUCGCUGGUUGGCUCCGAUUUACAAGUUUUAUGCUUGUUGAUUACGAUUUAUAUGAUUCCCGUGGUCAUUGCAAUAAUAUUCCUCUUCCCCAAAUUGCCAAAACUACCUCCAUCCCUAGUUCAACAAGAAGAAAGAAAAAAAGAACCUUUAACUUUUCGAGAAUAUUGCAAAUAUUUUACAAAACUAUUCAGGAAUAGGGGAUUUGUUUUACACACCGUUGCUUAUGGUAUAAAUAUUGGCGUGUUUGAAGCUAUAGGAACCUUAUUGAAUCAGUUCAUAUUGGAAUAUUUUCCAAAUUCUGAAGAAGAUGCAGGAAGGAUUGGCCUGAUUAUGGUUAUAGGAGGAAUGCUCGGUUCUUUGCUAUUUGGUUUGUUUUUGGAUAGAACUCAUAAAUAUAAGGAAACCACUGUGUUUAUUUGUUAUGCGGCUGUGGUAUCGGUUAUAGCUGCCACGUUCUCCCUGCUUACGAAUUCAAAAAUACUGGUUUACGCAGUUUUUGGAAUAGUUGGUGUAUUCACAAAUGCUUACAUACCAGUAGGAUACGAAUUUGCGGUAGAAAUCACUUAUCCAGCCGAUGAAAGCACUACAACUGGAAUUUUAAACGCUAUGAACCAAGCUAUGGGAGUUUUGAUUACUAUAUUUUUAGGAAAACUUAAUUCUUCGUAUGGAGCAUUUUGGGCUCUUGGAAGUCAAGCUGUUUUAUUACUACUUGGAGCUAUUAUAACUUCAUUUGUGCCCAAUGACAAAAGGAGACAAGAAGCUUUACAAUCUUACGACGAAACUGAAUUACUUAAUAAAAAUUAA